GGCUUGCGCGCGUCGCGGCGGAAAAAAAAAGUUGGGUCACUUCCAUUCAUCAUCGGUAUCUUCUGCCGCGCCCAGUUCCCUAACGUGCGCCCCUUUGCUGCGCCGACCAAGACCGCAGCGACGACGACGACGCACACGAGCGGAUACGAAUCACUUUCAAUGGCGGGCUACUAGCCGCCUCCAACAUCGUCCCAUAUCAGCGUCCAGCGCUUCCCAUAUCGCAUCAACCGAGCCUCGCUGUCGCUCGGGAACCCCCCUCAACCCCCCGGCGCUGCGGCCAUGGCGCAACCACAGCCGUCGGCGGCAUCUAUCAUGGCGAGCCGUGACGACACAAGGCCGUUUCAACAUCCACAUACGCCCGCAGAGCAUGCCGUGCUCAUCCAGUCUCGCGAGACGGGUGACGUGCUCCCAGAAGAUAGUCCGCGGGGGCAGGUCAAGGCGCUUCCGUUCGCCAAGUCCUGGGUUCACCUGUUUGCCGGAGCGUAGGUCUCGCUAUAUAGCCCGCAGGACCUUCUUCCUGAGCCUUGCUGACGCAUAGCCCUCAUGACAGAGUUGGCGGCAUGACGGCUGCGACCCUUACCGCGCCCCUCGACGUGCUCAAGACCAGGCUGCAGUCCGACAUCUACCAGGCCCAGCUGCGAGCCAAGGCACACACCAUAGGCCCGCUGAAUCCGGCGCGCGCCGCGCUGUACCACCUCACGGACACGAUCCAGAUUCUGCGGGGUGUAUACCAGACCGAGGGCGCGCGAGCGCUCUUCAAGGGCCUGGGUCCGAAUUUGAUUGGCGUGGUGCCGGCGCGGAGCAUCAACUUCUACGUCUACGGUAAUGGCAAGCGGCUGCUGGCCGAGCACUGGAACCGCGGCGAAGAGGCGCCGUGGGUGCACCUGGUGGCGGGCGUCAUGGCUGGCGUGGCGACGUCGACGGCGACCAACCCCAUCUGGAUGGUCAAGACGCGGCUUCAGCUCGACAAGAACGUGUCGGAGCGGAGCGGCGGAGCGAUGCAGAGGCAGUACCGCAACAGCUUCGACUGCGUGCGCCAGAUCGUGCGCGGUGAGGGCAUGCGCGGUCUGUACAAGGGCAUGAGCGCGAGCUACCUAGGCGUCGCCGAGUCGACUCUGCAGUGGAUGCUGUACGAGCAGAUGAAGGCGUCGCUGGCGCGCAGGGAGCAGCGCAUCGUGGCAAGCGGCCGCGAGAAGACGCUGACGGAUCGCGUCAUCGACUGGACGGGCAACAUGGGCGCCGCAGGAGGUGCCAAGCUGAUAGCCGCCGUCCUGGCUUAUCCACACGAGGUCGCGCGUACGCGUCUUCGACAGGUGCCGCUGGACGGCGGCCGCCCCAAGUACACGGGCCUGGUGCAGUGCUUCAAGUUGGUGUGGAAGGAGGAGGGCCUGAUGGGCCUGUACGGCGGACUGACGCCGCAUCUAAUGCGUACGGUACCGAGCGCGGCCAUCAUGUUUGGCAUGUACGAGGGCAUUCUGCGCCUGUUCAACACGCCGGCUUAAAAGACGCCCACGGUUCUCAUGACUCGGACGAUUGCCGUUUCGCCUUGACGUACCCGAAGGAGGACGUCGGUGUGUAUAUUGUUGGAGGGAAAUGUGAGACGCGGAAGAGGGAAGGACAUGUCAUUGCCGCUCGGCUGAACACACACGCUGUAUGUAUGCUUGGAAUACCCGCCUUUGAUGUACGAUAGGCAAUGCCCGGCCGCCGAUGAGUUGCGAGCCUUAGACGAGGGCAUUGAGGCUGGCGUUUGGGUGGGUGGG